UACGUCAAUAGAUGACUUAUGACAGCUCCCAAUAGGAACUUUUUUAUUAAUUGUUAUUGUUUUUUGCAAUAUGUUUAUCUGUUAGUAAGUCAAUGGAAUUUUUAUAAGUAAUGAUAAAUGAUAGAAUCAGAAUUCAGAAGUGCUGCAUUUGUAUCUGGAGGAUGUAAUCCUUCGCACUAUCUGUAAUCAAGAUAGCUAAUCGGUUUGGUGCAUUAUGAAAUAGUACAUUAUCCAAAUCAAAUGUGAUGGAUGAUUUUGUAGACUUUGUAUUAAACGUCAGAAAAGUGUGUGCCUCAACAGACUUGACAAAAACUCCGGUACAUUUAGUCAUAGGAAAUGAAUCUUGCGACUUGGAUUCAAUGGUGUGCGCCUUCGGGCUAGCAUACUACCAUCAUCAGAUCAAGAAUAAACGGUCGAAUGCUGACCAAUGUUGCACAGUUUUACCAGUUUUAAAUAUACCAAUGAAAUGUUUUGUGUCACGAACUGAGAAUUGCUAUGUUUUGAAACAAUUUGGAAUCACUGAGACUGAUUUGCUGUUUCGGGAUUCACUGGAUUUUGAGGCAAUCAAAAACGGCGGACAGCUAUCAGUAAGCAUUGUAGAUCAUCACGUUCUACGAGAUGAAGAUAAGUUUCUAGAGCAGUCAGUGAUAGAGGUUUACGAUCACAGACCUCGUGAUCCGACUGCCAAUUGGAAUACCAACAUAGCAAGUCUUGUAAUCGAAGAAGUUGGUAGUUGCGCCACAUUAAUAUCACAGAAACUUUUAACACACGACAUCUUAACAGGCCCUCUCGCGGAAUUACUGCACGAUGUAAUUAUAUUUGAUACAGUUGCAUUUAGUGCCAAAGCACAAAAAGCGCGUGAGCUAGACAUUAGUGUUUCUAAACAGCUUCAGCAACAGUUUGGUAUAAGUUGUAUACCUCAACACCGCUUUGAUCAACUAUGGAAUGUCCAUAACGACAUCAGCAGUUUAACUCCUGGACAGUUGUUAUUUAAAGAUUUGAAAUUUGUGGAUGACUUCCCUGUGGCUGGAUUACCUAUGCUUGUACGCGAAUUUUUACAGUUUUCAGAUGUUCACGAACACCUGCUCGCAUUUUGUGAUGAAACCCAACGUGCAACUGUAGUCGUGAUGGGAUUAAAGGUUGUCGGUGAUGAAGUUUUUCGGGAUAUUGCAAUUUUCAGCAAAUCUGAUAAAGAAACAAGGGAGUUACUGGUCAACAGUCUGAAGGCAAACUUGGAUUUAGGCGUGACAGAGGAUACAGUUAGUGUUCCAGAUAUUACAUACUUAAUGCAAAACAAUGUAAAAAUGUCUCGCAAACAAAUAGUUCCUAUUAUUAAAUCAUUGAGACGAUAUGAAUGACUUUUUUUUAAUUGUUUUAUAAUUAGAAACUAGAU